AUGGAACCAUCAGAAAAAGAGCAGACAAUUGGGAUUGUUGGUGCUGGUUUAGUUGGGUGUUUGGCAGCUUUGGCAUUUGCAUCCAAGGGUUAUUCUGUAACCUUAUUUGAAUUGAGACCAGAUCCUAGAACAGUCGAUUCUAGUCAAAGAAAUUUACGAUCGAUUAAUUUGGCAGUUAGUAAUAGAGGUAUUAGAGCUUUAAAAUAUGUUGACCUGGAAAUGGCGGAUAGGGUUUUGAAACACAUUAUUCCCAUGAAAGGAAGAAUGAUUCACGACAUUACUGGAACCAAGCAGGAAUCACAAGUAUAUGGAUUGAACGGAGAGUGCAUUAACUCCAUCGAUAGAUCUUUCUUGAACAAUUGUUUGUUAGAAGAGUUGGACAACUCGAAUGUGAGAACUUUCUUCAACCACAAGUUGGUUAAAUUGGAUAGCAAUAAUAGUUCCAGAAUGACAUUUAUUGAUGGUGACGGACAAACCCAAGUGUAUGAAUUUGAUUUUGUUAUUGGUUGUGAUGGUGCCCAUUCACAGUUUAGAUAUCAAUUGCAAAGAGGUAUGAGAAUGGACUAUUCCCAGAAAUAUAUCGACAUGCAAUACUUGGAGUUGUACAUCCCACCAAAUGAUGAUCCGGAAAAUAAGUUUUCUAUAGAUGCAAACCAUUUACACAUCUGGCCAAGACAUAACUUUAUGUUGAUUGCAUUAGCAAACCAAGAUGGAUCAUUCACUUCAACCUUUUUCAGUCCCUGGUCCGUUAUUGAAGGCAUAAAGACCAGUGACGAAUUCUUACAUUUUUUUAAACAGAACUUUCCUGAUGCAUAUAAACUCAUUGGUGAAGCACCUUUGGUCAAGGCAUUUGAUAGCAACCCUAGAGGUUCCUUGAUGCAAGUAAGCUGUUAUCCUUAUAGUAAUGGGAGAGGUAUCAUCUUAGGUGAUGCUGCACAUUCCAUGGUUCCGUUCUAUGGCCAAGGUAUGAAUUGUGGGUUUGAAGAUGUUAGAGUCUUGAUGGAGUUAAUUGAGGCCAAUGAUGGCGACAUUCAAGCUGCAUUUAAACAGUAUUCUCCUAGUAGAAAGGAUGACCUUGAUGCCAUUUGUAAAUUGGCUUUGGAUAAUUAUUAUGAAAUGUCCUCAAAAGUUGUUGAUGUUGGUUAUUUAAUUAGAAAGAAAUUAGAUUACACUUUGGGUAGAAUUUUGAAGAACAAAUGGUUACCGUUAUACACCAUGGUUUCAUUUAGAGACGAUAUACCUUAUGCAAAAGCUAUAGAAAUCGAACAGAAACAAAAGAAUAUAUUGAAUAACGUCCAAGUUGGUGUUGUGGGUGCCGCUGUUGUAUAUGGAUUAGUCAAGUUCGGACAGUAUUGGAACCGAAGAUAA